UUGGACCCUUUGGAACCGAAAGCACGCCCGUCCUCAAAGUCCCGUCCUCCAAGUCCCAUCCUCGCCAUGGCUCCCGGAGAGAAGAUCAAAGCCAAAAUCAAGAAGAAUCUGCCCGUGACGGGCCCUCAGGCGCCGACCAUUAAAGAGCUGAUGCGGUGGUACUGCCUCAACACCAACACCCAUGGCUGCCGCCGCAUCGUGGUGUCCCGCGGCCGUCUGCGCCGCCUCCUCUGGAUCGGGUUCACACUGACUGCCGUCGCCCUCAUCCUCUGGCAGUGCGCCCUCCUCGUCUUCUCCUUCUAUACUGUCUCAGUUUCCAUCAAAGUCCACUUCCGGAAGCUGGAUUUUCCUGCGGUCACCAUCUGCAAUAUCAACCCCUACAAGUACAGCACCGUGCACCACCUUCUAGCUGACUUGGAACAGGAGACCAGAGAGGCCCUAAAGUCCCUGUAUGGCUUUCCAGAGUCCCGGAGGCGCCGAGAGGCAGAGUCCUGGAGCUCCGUCUCAGAGGGAACGCAGCCUAGAUUCUCCCACCGGAUCCCACUGCUGAUCUUUGAUCAGGAUGAGAAGGGCAAGGCCAGGGACUUCUUCACAGGGAGGAAGCGGAAAGUCGGUGGUAGCAUCAUUCACAAGGCUUCAAAUGUCAUGCACAUCGAGUCCAAGCAGGUGGUGGGAUUCCAACUGUGCUCAAAUGACACCUCCGACUGUGCCACCUACACCUUCAGCUCGGGGAUCAAUGCCAUUCAGGAAUGGUAUAAGCUGCACUACAUGAACAUCAUGGCACAGGUGCCUCUGGAGAAGAAAAUCAACAUGAGCUAUUCUGCUGAGGAGCUGCUGGUGACCUGCUUCUUUGAUGGAGUGUCCUGUGAUGCCAGGAAUUUCACACUUUUCCACCAUCCGAUGCAUGGGAAUUGCUACACUUUCAACAACAGAGAAAAUGAGACCAUUCUCAGCACCUCCAUGGGGGGCAGUGAAUAUGGGCUGCAAGUCAUUUUGUACAUAAACGAAGAGGAAUACAACCCAUUCCUCGUGUCGUCCACUGGAGCUAAAGUUAUCAUCCAUCGGCAGGACGAGUAUCCCUUCGUCGAAGAUGUGGGAACAGAGAUUGAGACGGCAAUGGUCACCUCUAUAGGAAUGCACCUGACAGAGUCCUUCAAGCUGAGUGAGCCCUACAGUCAGUGCACGGAGGACGGGAGUGACGUGCCAAUCAGGAACAUCUACAACGCUGCCUACUCGCUCCAGAUCUGCCUUCAUUCAUGCUUCCAGACAAAGAUGGUGGAGAAAUGUGGGUGUGCCCAGUACAGCCAGCCUCUACCUCCCGCAGCCAACUACUGCAACUACCAGCAGCACCCCAACUGGAUGUAUUGUUACUACCAACUGCAUCGAGCCUUUGUCCAGGAAGAGCUGGGCUGCCAGUCUGUGUGCAAGGAAGCCUGCAGCUUUAAGGAGUGGACACUAACCACAAGCCUGGCACAAUGGCCAUCUGUGGUUUCGGAGAAGUGGUUGCUGCCUGUUCUCACUUGGGACCAAGGCCGGCAAAUAAACAAAAAGCUCAACAAGACAGACUUGGCCAAACUCUUGAUAUUCUACAAAGAUCUGAACCAGAGAUCCAUCAUGGAGAGCCCAGCCAACAGUAUUGAGAUGCUUCUGUCCAACUUCGGUGGCCAGCUGGGCCUGUGGAUGAGCUGCUCUGUUGUCUGCGUCAUUGAGAUCAUCGAGGUCUUCUUCAUCGACUUCUUCUCUAUCAUCGCCCGCCGCCAGUGGCAGAAAGCUAAGGAGUGGUGGGCCCGGAAGCAGGCCCCCCCAUGUCCAGAAGCUCCCCGCAGCCCACAGGGCCAGGACAAUCCAGCCCUGGAUAUAGACGAUGACCUACCCACUUUCAACUCUGCUUUGCACCUGCCUCCAGCCUUAGGAACCCAAGUGCCCGGCACACCACCCCCCAAAUACAACACCUUGCGCUUGGAGAGGGCCUUUUCCAACCAGCUCACAGAUACCCAGAUGCUGGAUGAGCUCUGAGGCAGGGUUGAGAAGACAGAUCUAGUCAGGACCACCAGCCAUGGUCUAAGGACAUGGACUGGGUGCCCCCAGAUGUGCGCACAGGGGACCCUCUGCCCCACUCUGGGCUUUUCAGAGACUCUGACCAAAAAGCCUGCUUUAAACCGCAAGAUGGGGCCUGGGCAUGUGCAGGAGGACCCAUCGGGUACUACGCAGCAACACUCACAACUGUCCAGGCUGAGAUAAAUCUCGGGACCUGAACUAUUAGCACGUCACUAGAGACUGGGGGCUGAGGCAGUGGUGCUGGCCCAGGCGAAGGCCAGAGUGAGGACUGAUGCAGCUCUGCACAGGUCUUGAGAGGGAAAGACUCUUCCAAAGCUCCAAAGCCGAGGGUUUCACCCACACUGCCAGCCUGGGUUGGGGCCCGAGGAUGUGACCUUGAUUGUCAAGGCUGGACAGCUCCUCCUGGAUGCCAAAGAUAGGAGAAAAUGCCAGCCCUGAAGCUGGAGCCAUUUGUGAAUAAACUGUUCUUUGACAUUG